GGCGCUGCCUCCGCCUCUCCCCAGCACUGCGCGCGCGCGGCCUGCCCGGGGCCCGGCUGAGGCGGCGCCCGGCCGGGCCGGUGGCGGCCCUGAGGCGGCGGGCAGGGCCCUGCGCCCCUCACAGCGGCCGCGUGAGGUACUUCCUUUCUGACUUGCAGUAGCAGAAAGAAACCGAAGACGUUGAAGGAAGACGCCUGCUGCCUCUUGCUCUGCAGUAACCAUGCUGCAGCAAUGAGACUAUAGCGAGCCCUUCCUGUGUGGCCUCCAUGGGUCCCACUCAACUCAGCACACAAGAUCAUGGGAAGAGGGUGGCAAGUGUAUUUGAGAUGGAGGAGGAAGGGCUUUCACUCUUCUCUGGCUCAGAGAACCCCCCUGAGCAUGCAGAAAAUCCCCCCUUGAAGCGGAAGAAGGGCCCAGCCCCAAAGAUGCUGGGAAAUGAAGUGUGCAGCGUGUGUGGCGACAAGGCCUCCGGCUUCCACUACAACGUGCUGAGCUGCGAAGGCUGCAAGGGCUUCUUCCGCCGCAGCGUCAUCAAGGGUGCCCAGUACGUCUGCAAGAACGGCGGCAAGUGUGAGAUGGACAUGUACAUGCGCCGCAAGUGCCAGGAGUGCCGGCUGCGCAAGUGCCAGGAGGCGGGCAUGCGGGAGCAGUAUGUUCUGUCUGAAGAGCAAAUCAGGCUGAAGAAGCUGAAGAAACAGGAGGACGAUCAGGCUCGGACAGUCGUGGUGCGUCCAAACCCUCCACACCCACCAAGCCCUUCCCACAAACUGACGCCUCAACAGUUAAGCAUGAUAGAGAAGCUCGUGGCCGCUCAGCAGCAGUGCAACCAGCGCUCGUUCACAGACAGGCUCAAAGUGACGCCAUGGCCCCAAGUUCCUGACCCUAAUAACCGUGAAGCGAGGCAGCAGCGUUUUGCUCACUUUACAGAACUUGCAAUUAUCUCUGUGCAAGAGAUUGUGGACUUUGCCAAGCAACUGCCCGGCUUCCUGGACCUCACCAGGGAAGAUCAGAUCGCUUUAUUGAAGACAUCUACGAUAGAGGUGAUGUUAUUGGAGACAUCUCGACGCUACAAUCCAGAGAUUGAGAGCAUCACUUUUCUUAAGGACCUGAGCUAUAAUCGGGAUGACUUCGCCAAAGCAGGUCUGCAGUUUGAGUUCAUUAACCCCAUCUUUGAAUUCUCAAAGGGAAUGAAUGAGCUACAACUCAACGAUGCUGAAUAUGCACUUUUAAUCGCCAUCAACAUUUUCUCUGCAGACCGACCGAAUGUGCAGGACCAGUCCCUGGUGGAGAGACUGCAGCACACCUAUGUGGAAGCCCUUCAUUCUUACAUCUGCAUCAACAGACCAAACGACCACCUGAUGUUUCCACGGAUGUUAAUGAAGCUGGUCAGUCUUCGGACACUAAGUAACGUCCACUCUGAACAGGUGUUUGCCCUUCGGCUGCAGGACAAGAAACUCCCUCCCCUGCUCUCAGAAAUCUGGGAUGUGCAUGAGUGACUGCAUGCUCCCAGGGCACUGAUAUGCCGACAUAACACCAUGUCCCAGCCUUUGCUAACAAGAAGCCAGCCUCCCCUCUCCAAAGCACUGAACUCUGGGCUAGGCAGUGCAGGGAGUGAUGAGCCUGGGGUUGCAGUGUUAUCAUGAGAUUAUGCAGGAGGCAGCUGGGGUAGAUCAGAUGGGGGGGUUGGUUUUGAUGUAGUGCCCACGCCCCAAAUGAGUAGCAUGAAACAUCUGAAAACGGUAGAAAUGAAGACCCUCCCCACGCACAUACACCUCUUUCUUCAGAGUCUCUUUCUCUUUUCUAAGCAUGUCCUGGGGAUUGGCCCAUUGAUCCUUUCCUCUCUUGUUGAUUAUGAAAAUGAAUUUGCAGGAACUUGCCAAACCAUCUCUGUUGAGAGUAACCCAGCUCAAAAGGCUUCUGCAGGGUCCCCAGUGUACCUGGAUCUGAGGAGCUCAGGGAAGUCAAUGUGGAUGUUCUAGGGGUUUCACUGGGUUUCCGAUAAAUAAAAUCUCUUGUACGUACUGCCCUUUACAAAGAUUCCAAGAGAAGUAGCUGUUAUUUCUUUAUUAUGAGACUUCAUCUCUAGAGUUGCCCUUUCAUUCUGACCCUUCUUUGGAAAGAAGAUUCCUCUAAUGUGUGAUGCCCUUUGUCUAACAGGGAGGUCCUCUGGGUAGGGAACAUUUGUACAUCAGGAAGACGUCAGGCAUAAAGCAGUGGACUUUUUUUAACAUAAUAUAUUGCAAUUUUAUCUCAUGAUGGUUCUCAAACAGUUUACUUUACCUUUGAUUCGCUAACACCUGGAAAACUUUAGUUCAAAACAAAUCAGGGCAUAGAUAUUGAUCUUUAGGAGUGGAAGA